CUCUGGGAUUCCCGUGUGUCAACAAUGCUGUUCGCUGGUUUGUUGACCCCGAGCAGCAGCAGACCUCAGAGGGUCAGACCAGGUGCACACUGAGACCACAUCACUACCAAAUAGCUGCAGAACAACGGAAAACUUCACUUGAACUGACGGUGUGCGUUGGAACAUUGAGCAGCAUGGCUGUGGGCCUGCAGGUUGUGGGUCUGCUUCUGGGCGUGGUAUCCUGGUGUCUGCAGUCCAGUUGCACCUCCUCUCAGCAGUGGAAGGUGAGAAGUCAGGUUGAGUCAGUCAGCAGCAGUCAAUGGCAGUUUGAAGGUCUGUGGAUGGCCUGCGCCGCCACGUCGCUGGGCUCCGUCCAGUGCAACAAGUUCAAGACGGUGCUGGGACUGUCACCUCACCUGCAGGCCUGUAGGGCUUUCAUGAUCCUGUCCCUGCUGCUCGGUCUGGCCUCCAUCAUUGUAUCUGUUUUGGGACUCAAGUGCACAAAGAUCGGUCGGACCUCGGACCACAUCAAAGACCAGAUUGCCCUGAGUGGAGGAGUCCUGUUCAUCCUGUCCGGCGUCUUCACUCUGACUGCAGUGUCCUGGUACGCCGCCACAGUCAUCCAGGACUUCUACAGCCCAGUGACAGCAGUCAGGUUCGAGCUGGGUACUGGUCUGUAUCUGGGUUGGGCUGCUUCCUGUCUGGCUGUACUGGGAGGAUCCAUGCUCUGCUGCUCCUACAGGAAGACUCCCCCCACCCCCCCUGCAGGACACUUUUCAUACAAUUUCACCAAAACGAGUCAAGGACAGCAGAUCUACAGAGCCGCUCCGGUGUCAGACAGCGGCAGCUCCAAAGCCUACGUCUGAGGAAACAUCACUGUCUGGUUCAGGAUCACGUUGAAUUUUCUAUUAUUACAUUUUUUUUAACCAAAGUAAUUUUUAUUGUGAAGGCACUCAUGCUUUGAUUUGUUCCUAAAUAUUUUUGUAUCGUUGGUGUCACUGAGAUUUUAUCAGGUCAACAUCUCUGUUUCUGUAUCAACUAAAAUAUGUUAAGAUCAUUUCUGUGCAUAGAUCUAAUGAACCGUUCAUGUGUAAAAUCAGAAAUGGCUCACAUUUACUGUUUUUUUGGUUGAGAUUUUGCGUCAUUUGGUUUAUAAAAAUAACUUUGAAAGGCAUAUCAGAAUAUAAAAUUAAACUAUAGAAGACCAAGAACAGAACCCUGAGGAACACCAUGAGAUAUUAUUUGUUCCUAACUCAGCUAUAGUUUAGACCAGUGACAGAAUUUAACACUAUUUACAAUUUUCUCAAUAAAUUAUUUAAAAAAACUACACUGAAUUAGCCAAUUUGGUGUAUUAUAAACACUGUGUUUGUCAUUCAGUUUUAUUUAUUCCAAAGGACUUUAUUCUUUUUUUGUAUCCUUUAUUUUUUUCUUAUUCUUACUCAUUUAUGCCUAUGAAAUUAAUCAAUAUGGAUACCUAAACUAAGACACUACAAUUAUUAAAUAUGAACAUAUACAUAUAAAUGAGUCACUAUAGUUUCAUAAGAAAGUUUUUAUUCAUAAAAAAGUGUUUUUCAAAGGAUUAUUUUAUUUCAGAGCAUAUCACAUAAUUACCUCCAACAAGAAGGAUUAUUUUAUGGUAGACAUUCUUCAGUUUUGUAAACAUUUCCAGAGCAUAAAUCUGGCUUUAGGAGAGGUAGUU